AUGAUUUGGAGUAACAUCAUUCAGAGGAUAAUCUUCCUUUCUCUUACUGGACCUGGAAUUGUGGGGAACAUCCUUGUAUUUGUGAGACAUGUGUAUGCUUUUGUCACAGGUCCUGAGAGAAAACCCAUAGACCUUAUCCUCAUCCACUUGACUCUUUCUAACGGAAUCAUUAUUUGUAGCACAGGGGUAAGAGAAAUAGCCACCGUUUUUUAUUUCAGAAAUUUUCUAGGUGAUGUUGGUUGUAAAACAGUGGUUUAUCUGGAAAGAGUGGCCCGAGGCCUUUCCAUCUGCACCACCUGUCUCCUCAGCAUGGUCCAGGCCAUCACCAUCAGUCCCAGAAGCAACCUGUGGAGAAAGCUCAAACCACAGACUGCAUGGCAAGUUCUUCCCUAUCUCCUCCUCUUUUGGGUCUUUAAUUCUCUGAUAAGCUCCAACUUACUCCGCUAUAUUACAGCCGUCAAUAGUACAACUGGAUCUGGACUUGUAAUGUACGUUGGCUAUUGCUAUAUGUUACCAUCUAUGCAAAUAGUUAGGUGGCUUUUCCUCUCCCUCAUGGCUGUGAGGGAUUUAUUUUCUCAAAGUCUCAUGGGCUGGAGCAGUGGGUACAUAGCUUUCCAUCUAUAUAACCAUCACAAGCGAGUCCUCUACCUUCAUAGCUCCAAGUUUGCAAACAAUUCCAGCCCAGAAAUCAGAGCUACUCUAAGUACCCUUGUUCUCAUGGCCUGUUUCCUUGUCUUUUAUUGGGCAGAUUUCAUUUUUUCCUUCUACACAGGUUCUAUUAUGACCUUUGACUCCACCAUAAUAAAUAUUAAAGUAUUUCUUGUUCUUGCUUAUGCUAGUCUUAGCCCCUUUGUUCUGAUCUUCAGAGAUGUUCGUGUUGCCAAGAACUGGUGUUCUCAAUGA